CCCAGCAGGCAGAAAACAGGGCACGGAGUCAGAAACCGAGAUGCUGCAGCCAACAGUUUAGAAGAAAGACGGAAGGGAUUGUGUGUCAUUUCUUCCGGGAUCUCCUUCCCAGGCUUACACCAGAAGCAGCUGAGAGGCAGAGCUGGGAAAUCGUGCACGUAGCACACGAGAAGCUACGGAGGGCAGGAUUACCAUGCAACCGGGCCCGGCGCCUACCGUGUUCGUCACCACGAGACCUCUUCAGAAUGGCCAUACAGGAAUAGAUCUGUCAGUCCCAGAGUAUCAAGAAAUACGAGGAAAGAUGAUGUCUGGACAUGUGGAAUAUAAUAUUUUAGUAGUUACCCAACUGGCUGUGUUCAAAACUGCCAAGCACAAACCCGAAGACAACGUUCAGUUUAUGGUUUCUAAGAAGUACAGUGAUAUUGAUGAGUUUUAUCAAAAGCUUGUCACACGUUAUCCACAAACCUCUCUACCCCCCUUGCCAAGAAAAGUGCUUUUUGUUGGAGAAUCUGAUAUUCGAGAACGAAGAGCUGCCUUCAAUGAGAUUAUGGGAUUGAUUUCUAAAGAUGUGGCUCUUGCAUCAAGCCCUGAGUUACUGGAAUUUCUGGGAACCAGAUCCACUAGUGUCAUUGAUGUUAAGAGUAAAAAUCUUCCCAAGAAGGAAGAAGAGGAUGACGAAACCGAAGGAUUUGAUUUUUUCAAAGAGGAAAAAAUACCUGAUGUCAUUUCUCAGUUAAGUUCAUUUAAAAGCCAGGAUGCCAAAAAGGAAACAGAAGAGGAAGAGAAUGAUGUGGAUCCACUGGGUGUCCUCAAAUCUAAAAAACUCAAGAAGCCCACAUCCUCACCUGCUCAAGAAGAUAAAACCAAGUUAACGAUUUUUCAUGAAGAAGUGGAUUUGGGAGAAGAACUAUUCAGUACAUUUGAAGAUUUUUCAUCCCCCAGCAACAAGAAGAUAUUGGCAGUCAAAGAAGAUGUGAAAUUAUUUGAAGGACCAGAUCUUGGUGGAAUGGUAACUCUUGGAGAUCCACUGCUUUUGCUGACAGCCAGUGAAGACAGAGAACCUGUGUUAAAUGUUAGUCCUGCUGAAGACAUAGAGGAACUAUUGAGGUAUUCAUCUGAAUUGCAUGAUAAAUUUAGUGUUGUGUGCUUAUGAUCUCUCUCCUCAAGCUUGUCUGCCUCAAGCAGCCCAAGAUUAGAAGACAACUUCUUGGCUUUAGCCUACUAAGGUCCCACUGUUUUCAAAAUUGGGAUUGUAUAAAUAAAUGUGAAUGGGUAUGGA